CAGUCUCUUCAGGAAGACACCUAGUUACACAAGUGAAAUGAAGAAGUUUUACGUAAUCUUGUUUAUCACUUUAACAGGUUUGCCAAAUGGUAUCCUAUCCAAAUCAAAAAAGAAAUCUAUAAAGACUACAACAGAAUCUAGUCAAGAACAAACAACUUCUCAACCUGCCAUUAUUGCUAUACAAAUUGUAGAUCCAGCUGAAAAUUCUACAUCAAAAAAUUUAAAACGUACAAUUGAAGAUGCUCUGGGUUAUGGAUACAAUAGUUUAGGUUCAUCAAAACCUCGCUACGAGGUUUACAAAUAUUCUCAGCAUGACAUUCCCCCUUAUAAGGGUAUUGCAAAAGGGCCGUCUUCGAGUGCUAUUAUAAAUACUCCAAUAAGUAUACAGAAGUCAGUACAAUACACAUUACCAACAAUAACUCACUAUGAGAAGGUGAAUCAAGCUCUGCAACCUGGUACGACUUUGUAUUCGACAGUUAGCGGGAAAGGCCAAAUAAGUGAAUUAAGUUCAAAUGCACCACAGCCAUCAUAUUUACAACAAAGUCAAGAACCUAUUCCAGUAAUUGUCUUAAGGAUAUAUCCAGACCAAUUAAAAGAUUCUACACUACAAGCUAAUUUACCCGAUAGUCAUCCAUUUGCUAAAACUAUUAAUUCUAUAAAUAUCCAGUCUCUUCUAACCCAUUACAUAAAAGCUUUGAAAGAACCUGAAAUUCUAAGCCAAUAUUCAUCGAGCCACAAUUCACCAAACAGAUAUAAUACGAAACAAAGCUAUAGAGCACCCAGUGUCCCAGUAAAUUCUGCAAGACCAAUAAACAAUUACUACAAUCGAGAAAACGUUUAUUCAAAUGCACAAAAUUAUCAAAACAGUGAUCAUGCAGUUCAAAAUCAAAAUUAUCAAUACCAUCAACAGCCAAGUUAUACACCAAUUUAUAAUCCCCAUCCUGAAGUAGCACAAAGUGCUAGUAGGUUAAGAAAUAAUCCAACCCAUGGUUACAGGACACAACCCAAGCAACAACAAUAUUACUACCAAUCUCAUCAAGUUGCCCAACCUGUACCAAAUGAUUAUCCUAGCAAUCAAUAUUAUAGUGCAAAUUAUCAAAAUGAAUAUAAUCAGCAACCAUCUGCUCAGUCGCAAUCGAUUUCACAAUUGCAGCAAUACUUAUCUAGUAAGCCAAUUAACUAUAAUAAUGAGUAUCAGCAGGGAUACUAUCAAGAUGACAGUGAGCAGCAACUGAACAGUCACCAGCUUUUAACUCAUGAAAACUAUCCAAGCAGUCAACACACUAAUGUAGUGUUCAAAACAGACUCAGGUGAAGUAAGAUCAGCUCAACAGCAACAAGUACCAGAAAAACAGGUAAAAACAAUAAAAAUUCAAGUGCCAGAUAACAUAGCAAAAGUAGAAGUCCAAGAAUCCGAAAAGCCAUAUUAUCCUUAUGGCAUUAAUCAAGAAAGCGAUAAGACACCACAGGACGAAGAGCAGUCUCAAGGAUAUUACUAUUUACCAACUCCAGCACAAAAUGCAUAUUUUACCGAAACUGAACCACCUAUUCAACGUUAUCAAGAUGUUAAUUACGAUGAUAUGGUUAAAUAUUUUACUAGGCGGGGCAUAGCGUCUGGCCAGUUACUGCAAAACGAAGAAGAUCAGAGGCAUCAAGAAACUGAUCACCAGAACUCUAAACAGCCAAAUACCAAAACACAAAAAUCUCCUACAGACAGACCAUCUAGUGUUAGUGAUAUAAUAGCGGCAUAUGAUGAAGCAUUUCCAACCACUACAGUAGCAGCUGCAAAGAAAAAAUUAAAAAGCAAGAAAAGGAUUUAUCAUUAAUUUUACCAUCUUAGUUAAAUAAAAGCCAUUAAUAAAGCCCAUUUUUAACUCAUUUUAAAGUUUUAAAUAAAACAAACUUAAGAUCAUUUUAAUUUAUUUAUUUAAUGCAUAUCAUAUUGUUAUACAAGAAUAUAAAUAUCAUUUCAUAUAAUGUAUCUCUUAUGUAUAUAUUUAUUAAGUCGGAUUAUAUAUAGGCAUUACUUUUUUUAAAUAAAUACACAGUUAAAUAAUUACUGAUUUAGUGCGCACCGUCGCGUCGUGUGGCGCAAAUUCAAAAUUAUAUACGGAUUUUUUAAAAAAAAAGGUAUCUUCUUAGAAGUUAGAUGUUACGCCGGGUCCAGACCAAGGCGACAAAAAGUAAAAACGAUUUUGAGACAAAAACAAGACAAACUUGCGACAAAAAAUGGGAAAUUCUGACAAGAUAAACUUGAUACAAAUUGUACAACAAAGACCAAAGUUUAGUUGUUGCGAAUGAGUUUUAUUAACCAUGUGUGAUUUUACUGGUCUUCUACUGUUGGCAGCACACGCC